AAGAGAGGAGGGGUCAGUUUCCAUGGUGCUAAACAACAAGACUGGCUGCUAGGACUUCGUGCUGGCACUGAGUGAGUCUCUUUCAAACAAGACAUUGUUUUUUGUCAUGGAAUUGACCAAAAUGUCAGACAUGACCAAGCUUCACCAAGCUGUGGCUGCAGGGGAGUACAAUUCAGUGAAAAAGAUUCUGAAGAAAGGUCUCUGUGACCCAAACUACAAGGAUGUGGACUGGAAUGACCGAACCCCACUUCACUGGGCGGCAAUCAAAGGGAAUAUGGAGGUGCUUCAGCUCCUCAUACGAUAUGGAGCCAGACCCUGCCUGGUCACUGAUGUGGGUUGGACCCCAGCUCAUUUUGCAGCUGAGUCAGGCCAUCUGAAUGUGCUCAAAACUCUCCAUGCAUUGCACGCCGCCAUCGACGCCCCCGACUUCUUUGGAGACACACCAAAGAGAAUCGCACAGAUCUACGGGCAGAAAGCCUGUGUGGCAUUCCUGGAGAAGGCCGAGCCCGAGUGCCGUGACCACCGCAGAAUCGCCAGGCAGAAGGGGCUGCCGCUGGACCAGAGGGACCAAGACUGGGAUGCCAAGAAAAGGGAGAUGGAGCUGUCACUACCUUCUUCAAAUCAAAAUACUAAUAAGAAAAAGCAUAAGAAAAGUCGAGGCCCCAUCAGGCUCGGCAAUAACAUAGAGAGGAGAGUGUGAGAACCUAGGCCAAAGGGACUGGAACCUACGUUGUCUGGUGGGAGACUUUCCCUGGCACCAGACUAGAGGUUGUCAGAUGUGGGCUGUCUUUAAAAGAUUUUACUUUUAGACCAUUAUCCAAAUGGCUUCUACUGUUAGCUGAGAACUUGUCAUUCAACCUGGAAGUCUUGCCUUGGUGCUCUGCACACUGACCAUUGUCUCUUGCUAAUACCUACAGCUGUCCACAAGAAUUGCCAACAGGAGACAAUGUCAGCUGCUUGCCUUUUGUCUUCAGUGAUUUGCACUUAUCAGCAUCUCCUGACCCCCACAAGCAAUUACAGAAUUUCAGAAAAACUCUUCCUAAGGAAACUAGAUUGUUUAAAUAUAAAAAAACCCCUCAAAAAUUACUAAAACAC